UAAAAAAAUCGGUUUGGGUUUACUCAAAAAUACGUCACAACACUGAAGUAAAAUCGAUCGCGGAUUCCUGUUUACGGGGAUUUUAAAGUGUCUGCCUUCAUACUGCUGGUUAACGCUAGCGCAAGCUCUUCUGCUGUCCAGGAAGCUGUACGUUAACGCUUUAAUGGCAAUUAUUACUGAAAACACUCGUAAUAGAGUUUGGAUUGCCCUGAAAAGGCUUGAUCUCAAUGAUGGCAGGAUCAUUGCUUUACGAGAGGUUCAUAUUCCAAGUGGGGCAAAUGUAGCCACUGUAACACAAAUAUUAGCUCAUUGUUUCAGACUUCACACAUCUCAGACAACAUUUAAGAUCCGAAACAAUCAAGGAUAUUUAAUCCCAUUAAACUGCAGCAUGCCACCAAACAGCAAACAAAUGCCAUAUGUCCUUGAAGUGGCCAGAAACUACCAGCAUGUUAAUCCAAGACCUAGAAGUAAUCCUUUGACUGUGAUUAAUAAAACCCUGAAGUCAAGACUACAGAGCAUCGCGAAAAGAAUUGAAAGAUUAGAAAACCUGUUGCCUCAAGUCAAACUAAAACAUCAUGAAAAGAUGACAAAGGAUAUUGAGUUACUUAACCAAAAGUUGGUAUUUCUUCACAAACGAAUGCAGAUGGCUGAGUCUUAUUGCUGGGAAGGGAUGCUUAAAAGAGCUCCAUUGUGGUGAAUGACUUUUCUAUUGAAUGUCUGAGAGCUAAAAAUAAACUAAAUAAAAAAUAAUCUUUCUGAAGUUUUGUAAAAACCAUGAAUUUCCAUCUAUUUAUGUAUAUUAAAAACAUUCAGUAGUUUAUAAAGUAAAAACAACAACAACAAAAGCUUCUGUACAUUAUUUUAGGUGCUGUCACUAGAAUGUGUU